UACCACCGAGGAUUACACGCUUUGAAAAGUCAGCAACCUAGUGUUAGCUAAAGUUAGCAUUACUUAUUAUCUGCAAAGGCCAUUCUACUGUACCAUUCACUCUCUAGGAAGAAAUGCCAUCGUUAAACGGAAAAACUGAUGUUGUGUUUGAGGACGAUGAUCUGCCUUAUGAAGAGGAGAUCAUCAGGAACCCAUACUCAGUCAAGUGCUGGAUGCGUUACAUCGAAUUCAAACAGAACGGACCCAAAUCCACCCUGAACAUGAUAUAUGAGCGGGCUCUUAAAGAGUUGCCUGGCAGCUAUAAACUGUGGUACAGUUAUCUGAGAGAGAGACGGAAACAAGUCAAAGGAAAAUGUAUCACUGAAACAGCCUAUGAGGAGGUCAAUAAUUGCCAUGAAAGGGCACUGGUAUUCAUGCACAAGAUGCCUAGAAUAUGGCUAGAUUACUGCCAGUUCCUUGUGUCUCAAUGCAAGAUCACGAGAAGUCGGCGAACAUUUGACCGUGCACUCAGAGCUCUUCCUGUCACUCAGCACCCACGCAUCUGGCCUCUGUAUCUCCGCUUUGUUCGUAACCUACCCCUGCCUGAGACAGCUAUCCGGGUGUAUCGCAGGUACCUUAAGCUUUCUCCAGAGAAUGCAGAGGAAUACAUAGACUACUUACGGUCUGUUGGCCGCUUGGAUGAAGCAGCUUUGAGACUAGCAGCUGUUGUCAAUGAUGAAAGCUUUGUGUCCAAAGAGGGCAAGUCCAACUAUCAACUGUGGCAUGAGCUCUGUGACCUGAUCUCCCAGAACCCUGAUAAGGUGACCUCUCUGAAUGUGGGAGCCAUUAUCCGAGGAGGCCUCACUCGCUUCACAGACCAACUUGGGAAACUUUGGUGCUCUUUGGCUGACUAUUACAUCAGGAGUGGCCACUUUGAGAAAGCCCGCGAUGUGUAUGAGGAGGCCAUCCUUACAGUGGUAACAGUAAGGGAUUUCACACAAGUGUUUGACAGUUAUGCCCAGUUUGAGGAGAGCAUGAUUGCUGCCAAGAUGGAGACCACUGCUGAGAUGGGGCAGGAUGAAGAUGAUGACAUAGACCUGGAGCUCAGACUGGCCCGCUUUGAGCAGCUGAUAGCGCGGCGGCCCCUCCUCUUGAACAGUGUACUGCUGAGACAGAACCCUCAUAAUGUCCAUGAGUGGCACAAGCGGGUAAAGUUGUAUGAGGGCAAUCCACGGCAGAUUAUCAACACUUAUACUGAAGCAGUACAGACUGUGGAUCCAAUGAAGGCCACAGGGAAGCCUCACUCUCUCUGGGUUUCCUUUGCAAAAUUCUAUGAGGAAAAUGAGCAGCUGGAUGAUGCCAGGACAAUAUUUGAGAAGGCUACCAAGGUGAACUAUAAGCAGGUAGAUGACCUUGCUGCAGUGUGGUGUGAAUAUGGAGAGAUGGAGCUUCGCCACGAGAACUAUGAACAGGCGCUGCGCAUACUGAGGAAAGCUACUGCCAUCCCAUCCAAGAAAGCAGAGUACUUUGAUGCAUCUGAGCCAGUCCAGAACAGAGUGUACAAGUCUUUGAAGGUCUGGUCUAUGCUGGCAGACUUGGAGGAGAGUCUUGGCACCUUCCAGUCUACGAAAGCAGUGUAUGACCGCAUUAUUGACCUCCGCAUCGCAACGCCACAGAUCAUUAUCAAUUAUGCCAUGUUCCUUGAAGAGCACAACUACUUUGAAGAAAGCUUCAAAGCAUAUGAGCGUGGUAUCGCUCUCUUCAGGUGGCCCAAUGUGUAUGACAUCUGGAACACUUACCUCACCAAGUUCAUUGAUCGUUAUGGGGGCAAGAAGCUGGAGAGAGCGAGAGAUUUAUUUGAACAAGCGCUGGAUGGCUGCCCCGCCAAGUUUGCCAAAACAAUUUACCUGUUGUAUGCCAAAUUGGAGGAGGAGUAUGGAUUGGCACGACACGCCAUGGCUGUCUAUGAAAGAGCAACACAGGCAGUAGAAACUGAGGAGAGACAUCACAUGUUCAAUAUCUACAUCAAGAGAGCAGCUGAAAUUUAUGGAGUUACCUAUACCAGAGCAAUUUACCAAAAAGCUAUUGAGGUCCUUCCUGAUGAGCAUGCGAGGGAUAUGUGUCAGCGAUUUGCUGACAUGGAGAGUAAACUGGGUGAGAUUGAUCGGGCCAGAGCAAUCUACUCCUACUGCUCCCAGAUCUGUGACCCAAGGGUGACAGCUAAUUUCUGGCAGACCUGGAAAGAAUUUGAGAUCCGCCAUGGUAAUGAGGACACCAUUAGAGAAAUGCUGAGGAUCAAACGCAGUGUCCAGGCCACAUACAACACCCAGGUCAACUUUAUGUCCUCUCAGAUGCUGAAGGCCACAACAAGUGCCACAGGCACUGUGUCAGAUCUUGCUCCAGGCCAAAUGGGAAUUGAUGACAUGAAGAUGUUGGAGCAGAAAGCACAGCAGCUUGCUGCAGAAGCUGAACAGGACAAACCCAAGCCCAAAGAGAAGAUUCUCUUUGUUAGGAGUGACACUUCUCGCAGUGAGUUGGCUGAGCUUUCCAAACAAGCCAAUCCUGAUGAGAUCGACAUUGAUGAUGAUGACGAGGAUGAAGAUGAUGACCAAGGACCGGAGGAGGUUCAGCUUGAGCAGAAGAGUGUCCCCACAGCUGUCUUUGGAGGCCUUAAAGAUGACUGAAAUAUAACUUACUCACUGAAAAGAGUGCACUGCAAAGAUGCAGUCUUCUGAAUAGUCAUUGAAUAGGCUUCAUUUUUAAAAUUUGUGUAAAUGUACAGUUGUGUACUCUCUAUUUUAAUAGAAUGUGAUGAGUGACACAGUCAGAAUAGCAGUGUUUUCUUUGUAGAGUUCUAUAGUUUGGUAUAGAAAGAUAUGAACCUGCUCGUUUUGCCCACAUGGUGUCAGUCUUUAUCAAGUAUGAGGCUCAAGCUAAUUGUGCAAUUGAGCUGUUUUCUAUAAUGAAAUACUUUAUGUGGUUACAUGAUAACUAUAACUGGUCUGAUGUAGUCUGACUUUGUUUCCAAAUUCCAUUUUGUAAAAGAAUUAACAGUGAAAACUCUUUUGUACACUUGAUAACUGCAUAGAUCUCUCUCUGACAGGAAGCUCUGCCCUAGAAAACAUGGGGGAGGAGCACAGUUUGUUCAACAGGGAGCAUUCAUUUGAAAGUGGAGCUGAGCAUUCAAGCCUCACACUGUUGGCUUGAGGAUCACUAGUCUUGCAAAGCCCAUUGUUUCUGAAAAGGUUUCAUAACUUGUACACAUAUAUCACAAUCCAGUUAUUAAAUUCAUACUUUAGUUGUACAUUUGUUAUGUAUUACUCAAGGAACUGAUUCAAUAAGGAAGGUUGUGUAAAACUUUGAAAAGAACUCAUGGUUAACUAAACCAAUAAAUACAUUUGCAGGAGUUUACUUGUCUCACUGGUCACGUUUGAGGCUAUAGGUAAUAAUGCUUUGGAAAGGACUUUCAGUCUGCCUUCUUGAGGGUCUACUUGUGACCCAAUACAGUAUUACAGCUUUUGGUAUACAACAACAAUAUUGAAAGUUUUCUUAUUACCACACUGCAAAGUGUUGUAGUGUUUGUGAAUUAUGCACCUGUAGUUCUGGCUGUGUCAAGUUCGUCUCUUUGAAUCUCUGAAACUUUAUUUACAAUGUCUUGAAAACGCAUUCAUAAUAAAAGUGGACUUGCAUAUGUUAAA